UGCCUUUUGAACCUUACAGGUAGUCACUGCUAGCAAUGGUGCUUACGAACAUAUUUUCUUUUUCCUUUAGGACAAGGGAAGAUACAGACUUGACAGGCCAUGAAAAUGUAAUUCUGGAUAGAUUUUCUGCUCCAACAAAAUACCAGCAUGUACAGACCAGGAGAGAGAGUGAAACGGCGAUUGCGCAUUCAUGGCUCCAGCAUAAGAAAUGUUGAAGUUGCUAGAGGGAGAGCAGGAUAUGGAUUUACUCUUUCCGGUCAAGCUCCCUGUGUUCUUAGUUCUGUCUUAAAAGGAAGUCCUGCAGGUUAUGUGGGACUUAAGGCAGGUGAUAAAAUAUUUGCGAUAAACGAAAUUAAUGUGAAAAGAGCAUCCCAUGAAGAUGUGGUGAAGCUAAUAGGCAAAUGCUCUGGGGUUUUACACAUGGUCAUUGCUGAAGGGGUUGGUCAUGCAGAACCUUAUUCAAGUGAUGAAGAGGUUGGGCUUCAUGAUGGGAAGGGGUGGCCAAAGACCAAGCCUGACGUGAAAGGACUGGGUAUAAACCGCGCAGAGAAAGUGGUCGAGGAAGUGCAAUCAGGUGAAAUUUUCAACAUGAUCUUCGAAAAUUCUAAUAUUUGUGCUAAUAACAUGCAGAUAUCAAAAAGAAAGGAAAUGCCAGUUCACGAAGUGGCUAAGUUAGAAACAGAACCUGAACAAAUACACGAUAUGCCUAACAUUCUAUACGAGGAACUGCCACAAACCUUGAAUGAUGACUCAGUGUUUACAAUUGGAUUGGAAAACCAGGAUUAUUUUGGAAUCGAUGCAAGCAUUUUAAACGUGGCUAUGGUUGUGGGCUACCUUGGAUCAAUUGAACUUCCUUCUUCAAGUUCAAAUCUGGAAUACGAUAGCCUGCAGGCCAUCCGUGGAUGCAUGCGUCGUCUUCGGGCAGAACAAAGAAUCCAUUCAUUAGUGGUGAUGAAGAUUAUGCAUGACUGUAUUCAGCUGUGUACUAAUCAGUCGGUUGUGAUUGCAAAGUAUCCAGCAGAAAAGCUAGCAUUUAGUGCUCUGUGUCCCGAUGAUAGAAGGUUUUUUGGGCUAGUUACCAUGCAGAGCAUUGAUGAUGGAAGUUUAGCUCAGGAGGAUGAAGCAGUUUUGAGGACAUCGUGCCAUGUGUUUAUGGUGGAUCCGGAACUAUUCAGUCAUAAAAUUCAUCAGGGCAUUGCACGACGGUUUGGAUUGGAAUGCACAGCAGAUCCUGAUACCAAUGGCUGUCUUGAGUUUCCAUUGUCAUCUCUACCGGUUCUUCAGUUUGUCUCUGUUUUGUACAGGGACAUGGGGGAAUUCAUUGAGGGCGUGCGUGCUAGGGCCUUCCUUGAUGGAGAAGCAGAUGCUCAUCAGAACAACAGUAUGAGCAGUAACAGUGACAGUGGAAUUGGAAAUAUUAACCAAGAAGAAAAAAGUAGGGUUUUAGUUGUUGACUUAGGAAGCAACUCAAACAAACACGUGCUUAGUAAUAUACAGGGCAGUCCAAUAAAUAGAGGUCAGGCUGUUUCCCACUGGAAUUUUGGUCAUGAACAAGAAGAAAACUCAGGGUUAGAACCUUUGUUCCAGAAUGAUAAAUCUCAAAAUCUAAGUAAAUUGCUAGCUUCUUCAGCUCAUAUUGAAGUUCCAGUGGUUUCUUCCAAAAGCUCAGUGCCACCACGUAAGAAAAAUUCUGUGGACAUUUCCAAUCAGAGGUGGUUGCCUGUUCAUGUAUUAAAAGAUUGGCAACAGGGAUGUAUAAGCGAUCAAGAGUCAUACACAGAUUCUACAGAUGGCUGGUCAAGUGUCAACUGUGGGACGCUUCCCCCUCCUAUGAAUAAAAUCCCUGCUGAUAGAUACAAGGUCAACAGCAGCUUUGGCCAGCCUCAUCUAAUCUCCCAAAAGAAAGAACUGUCUGAGAAAGAAUUUCAUAUUGCAAAUUCAUUUGAUUCUCAACAGAGUUUCAGAAAGCCCAAAGAAGAGAAAAAGAAUGCAAAAUUUGGACCUGGUUUUGGAUUGGUACAACUACUCCAGCGUUCUUCUUCAGCUCGAAGAUCAUUUGGACGCUCAAAGAGAUUCAGCGUUACUCGUUCGCUUGAUGAUCUUGAGUCUACAACUGUGUCUGAUGGAGAGCUCAAUCACAGUGACUUGAAAGAUGGUGCCAGCGAUACCAGUCUCAGCAGCAAUGCCAGUCUGCCCAGUGUCCAGAGUUGCCAACGACACCGUGAAAGAAGAGUUGCCAGUUGGGCUGUUUCCUUUGAACGACUUCUUCAGGAUCCCCUUGGUAUUCGAUAUUUCUCUGAAUUUUUACGGAAGGAAUUUAGCGAAGAAAAUAUUUUAUUUUGGCAAGCCUGUGAAUAUUUUAAUCGUAUACCUGCUCACGACAAGAAAGAGCUUUCGUUCAGAGCUCAGGAGAUCUUUAAUAAAUAUUUAUGCAGCAAAGCUACAACUCCGGUAAAUAUUGACAGCCAAGUACAGCUGGCAGACGAUGUCCUCACUGCCCCACAUCCAAACAUGUUCAAAGAUCAACAGCUUCAGAUUUUCAAUUUGAUGAAAUUUGACAGCUAUACGCGUUUUCUGAAGUCUCCAUUUUACCAGGAAUGUGUUUUAGCUGAAGUUGAAGGUCGUCCAGUCCCCGAUCCACAAGGCAUCACAAGCAGCCCUACUUCGAAGUCCAGUUCUGGUCCUGACGUGUUCAGUGUUCCUACUCCAAGAAAGUUAGGCGGAAAAGCCAAGUCUGGGCAUUCCUUGAAUGAAGAAUCUGGAGAGGAAGAUACUGAGAAAAAGAAAAAAGGGGCUUUUUUUUCCUGGUCCAGAAGCAAGAGUUUGGGGAGAUCACAGAAGAAAAAGGAGAAUGGCGAUUGUCUCAAAGAAUCCUCUCAGCCUAGUGGAUUGUCCUAUAGACAUAAAUCUCAAGAUUCAUUGUCUUCAGCUGCAAGUCUUGAGAUGGGUGAGUCCUACAGAAUAUCGGGACCUAUCAUGGAAAAGGAGAAGCCUUCUAAGUGCUGCCAUGUCAACCUCCCAGAUGGCUCCACUUUUGCGAUGCCCGUAAGAGGUGGAUUUUCAAUCAAAGAUGUGUUAUCUGAGUUCUGUGAAAAGCAAGGCAUUAACAUGGCUGCAGUAGAUUUGUUUUUAAUUGGUGGAGAUAAGCCACUUGUAUUGCAUCAGGACAGCAGCAUUUUGGAUUCUCGAACUCUUCGAUUAGAAAAGAGAACUUUAUUUCGGCUUGACCUCAUUCCUAUAAAUAGAUCUGUUGGUUUAAAGGCUAAACCUACCAAGCCAGUAACAGAAGUUCUACGCCCAGUCGUUGCAAAAUAUGGAUUGAAUCUUAAUAAUCUUGUGGCAAGACUAAAUGGCGAGCCGGAACCCUUAGACCUCGGGGCCCCCAUCUCCAGCCUGGAUGGACAGAGGGUUAUUCUGGAAGACAGGAUGUCCAAACAGGGAAAAGACAAGGGAAAAGGAGCAUCCUUAAAACACAGUGCACCUCUAACUACUAAUGCAGGAAAUCAAGCCCUCGCAGGCGAAGGAAGGACUGUAGGGAAGCAUAAUUCUUUUAAAUUAAAAGGAGAAGCUGGGAAAAACUCUAGAGAAGUAUGCCUAGCAAAAAGAGAAGACCAUCUUGUUCAGACUGGGAAAAAAAUACAUCAGCAAUUGAAUUUGGAGGAAGCAGAGGGUAUGUCACUUUUUAAAUACGUGCAAUAGUAUUUUUGUAACCCGUGGCGACAAAGUGGAUUGUAUUACACGCUUCAGCAGUGUGUUUUGGCAGUGAAAUAAACUUAGUCCACUCUGCAGCUACAGUUA